AAAUUAAAAAAAGAUGCCAUACCCAAGUUUCUGCCGGUUCGUCGUGUUCCGUAUGCACUUCGAGAUAAGGUAAAACAUGAAAUUGAUAGAUUACAGAAAAAUGGUCGCAUAGUUCCAGUCGAACAGAGUCAAUGGGGUACACCGGUAGUACCAAUUAUAAAACCUGACGGCUCUGUAAGACUUUGCGGGGACUAUAAAGUCACUUUAAAUCCAAAUUUGGAAAUAGACCAUUAUCCUCUUCCACAUGUGGAGGACAUUUUUGAAACUUUAAAACAGGGAGAAUACUACUGCGAGCUCGAUCUUCGGGAAGCUUACUUACAAGCUGCUUUGACUGAGGAGAGUCAAUUGUUAACCACCAUAGUAACAGAAUUUGGAACAUAUAAGUACAAAUACUUACCCUAUGGAGUUAAUACUGGCCCUGGUUCUUUUCAAAGACUAAUGUGUAAAAAACUAAUUGGUAUACCAAACACAAUUGUGUUUAUUGAUAAUAUCUACGUGGCAGGGAAAAGUUUGCAAGAAACGUAUGAAACCCUCGUCAAAGUGCUUAAGAGGCUACAAGAAUGUAACUUCAAAUUAAAACCUGAAAAAUGUAAGCUUUUCACUAGCCACAUAGACGUGUUUGGUUUUCGCAUAAAUAAAGAGGGAAUGAGUCUCAUAAAAUCAAAUAUUGAGCCAUUGCUAAAGGUUCCAGCACCGACUAAUCUAACAAUGUUAAAAUCAUUUUUAGGUAAAGUUAAUUAUUACUCCCGGUUCCUAAAGGACAUGGCUAAGAUUCUUAGUCCAUUAUAUGAAUGUACUAAAAUAAAUAAAUUUAACUGGACAGCGGACUGUCAAAAGUCUUUUGACACCAUUAAAAAUAAAUUAGCCUCUGCUGACAAUUUAAGACAUUUCAACCCGGACCUCCCAAUAAUAGUAACUUGUGAUGCUUCAAACUAUGGACUAGCCGCUGUUUUAUCAAAUCGGGACCAAAAUGGUAUAGUUAAGCCUAUAGCAUAUGCUAGCAAAAAAUUAAACACAACUGAACAGAAAUAUGCUGCCAUAGACAGGGAGGCCAUGGGAAUAGUGUUCGCGGUCACCAAGUUCUACAACUAUAUUUAUGGCCGGCAAUUUGAGUUAGAAACAGACAGUGCUGCACUAGUCAGGAUUUUUGGACCAACUAAAGGUAUACCAAAAAUGGCUGCAAAGCGGCUACAACACUAUGCUAUAUUUCUAUCAGCUUUUAACUAUAAAAUUAAACACAUAAAAACUAACAAUAAUCCAGCAGAUUAUUUGUCCAGAAAUCCUGACAAUAAAGAAUGUACCAGCCAACAUAUCCAUCCAAUAUAUUAUAAUGUAGACAAAUGUAUGCAUGUAUUACAUACAAACAGCACGGAAAUUGACUAUUUGAAUUUCAAAACAAUACAAGAAAAUACAGAAAAGGAUCUACUUUUGAGUAAAAUAAUUGAAUAUUGUAGAACAGGUUGGCCUAAUAAAAAUCUUAUAAAAUCUGAAUUUUUACCAUUUCAUAAUAGGAAAAAUGAAAUUAGCGUGGAGCAGGGCUGUUUACUUUGGGGACAUAGAGUAAUAAUUCCAGAAGUGAACCAAAAAGCAGUGUUAAAAAGUUUGCAUAAAACACACUUUGGCAUUAUUCGCAUGAAAGAAAUAGCACGGUCUUAUUUUUGGUGGCCAAAUUUAAAUUCAGAAAUAGAAAAUAUUGGAAAGUCAUGUAUCAUCUGUUUAUCAAAUCUUAAAAAUCCCAUAAAAUCCCCACAAUCAUGGCCAAAGCCACCUACGCCAUGGUAUCGACUUCAUGCGGAUUUUUUGGGGCCAUUUUAUAAUAAAAUGUAUUUAGUAAUUAUAGACAGUUUCAGUAAAUGGCCCGAGGCUUUUGAAAUGUCAAACAUGACAGCCGCUAAAACAAUUGAUGUACUAGAUAGGCUAUUUAGCCGAUUUGGAUACCCAGACCAACUAGUCACAGAUAAUCAGACUACGUUCACAGGUACGGAAUUUAACAAAUAUUGUAAAGAAAAUAACAUUAAACAAAUAUUAGCGCCACCUUACCACCCAGCGACGAACGGGGCUGCAGAAAGAUUUGUACAAACUUUUAAAUCAGCUGUUACCAAAAUAAGAGAGAGUGGAUGCAGUAUUAACUCUGCGAUCAAUUUAUUUUUGUUUGAUUAUAGAACUACACCUCAAAGGACUACAGGUGAAACGCCGGCCCGUUUGUUGUUGGGGAGGGAAUUAAGGAAUAGAUUUAGCUGCCUUAAACCUCCACCUAUAGUUGAAAGUUUAUCUGAAAGGGAGGGGAGAGAGGUAUGUAAGAGAAAAGUUAAAUUUGUAACAGGACAAAAAGUGAUGGUUAGAGACUAUAGAAAAGGCCAUAAGCCUUGGAUAGUAGGCAAAAUAGUGUCAGAAUCUGUUCCAGAUUUAACUUAUAUAAUUGAGGUUCAAGGUAUGAUGUGGAAACGUCAUAUUGAUCAAAUGGUGUAUUGUAAUGAUGAUGUCGAUAGUAAUUAGAAUUAGUUUUAUAUCGUAGGCCAAGUUGAACUUGUAUUUAUUUAUAAAUGAUGCCAAGAUAUGUACUUGUUUUGAACAACUCAUUAACCAAUAUGUUAACUCUAGGUUCAAAGCACACUGUAACUGAUGUAGUUUAUUUAGGGCUACAAUAGCCUUAAUGAAUAAUUC